AUGUCUAGAUUAAAAAGAAAUUUGGAAAAACUUACUGAAGAAAAUAAAAAGCUAAAUGAGAGAAAUGCUGAGUAUAAAAAUAUUAUUUUUCUUCAAAGAGAAAAGAUUAAAUGGUUUGAAGACUUUGUGAAUUUAGAAGAACAGCAAUUUGAAAAUCGAUUUGGUAAUAUUUUAUCAACAAUAUUCACGCCCACACAAAUCCAGUUACUAUUGCAUCCAAAAAAAACAGUUCCCAAGUGGACUACUGAAGAUAUAUAUGUUCUGCAAUCACUUUAA